CUCAACGUGUGCUAAGAGAACUCAACGGCUAUGGCGGCAUGAAUCAACGAUACUUUUUCGAUGAACGUCACGCAUACGAAGCUGUGGAUAUCUGAUAUGAUGCUUCAUGCUGCAAAAGGAAUCAUGUUUCGAAGACUCUCUGACUGUAAGCCCCGUUGUAAGCGCUCUGCUGGCUUCCAGUCAUGAAGUAUCCAAGGACUGGACUCCGAACAGAGCCGAGCUCGACCCUGAUGAAUUCAUGCAGCUCGCAAUCGUAGAUCCAUUUUCGGCUUCGCCAGGGGAUGGCCGCGAGGAAUUAACCUUUCGAGAGGGACAAAAACAGCAUCUGCGCCAAGGAACACUCUCCCUAGGACCGGCUAUCCGUCCGUCAAAGUCAGUUGCGCGACUUUCUGGUUGGAUCUUCGUACAGAAUACAUUGACAAGGAUGUCUUAUCGAUUGGCUGUCUUCUUGUUUCAUGAUUUCCCGGAGUGCUUUGACCUUCCACCCUUCCGCAUCCUUGGCACCCGGCGGCGGCAAAGGUUGGUCGAUGCCAGGGAAGAUUACGCGUUUGUAUUUCGAGAGCCGAUGACAUGCGCGCACACUGUGGAGAGACGCGCCAUGAGUCAACUUAGACACUUCCUACUCGACGGCAAAUGCGCUUCAAUGAACAUGUCGAGUCAGACAGGGUCGGGCACGGAGGGCUACUUGCGUCAAGUGAUGGUUGAAGAGACCCAGCUCGGCCUGGCUGCUGACGCUGGUCACCAGAGCAAGUCGCGUGAUGGCGGCUGGAGCUAUAUUCUCCGAGGACAGAGAGGAGACUGUUGCAAAUCACGGAUUGCCAGUUUGGGAAUUCAAUUAUAUUACUUGCUCUUAUAGGACAGAGGUUGUAUAUGACUGAUUCGUUGACCGCUUCUGUGCAACAUGAUGGGCGAGAUUACAGUCAUGAGAAUGCCCGUCAGGAACUGGUAACGACACCGCCUCUAAGCAAGACUGCCGUUGGGCGGGCAAGCUUCGCAGGGGACCAUCAUGUCAUACAAGCGUAGCCGUUGAGAGUCACAACACUAAGCAGUAUUUGCACUCGAGUCAAAGUUGAUAUUCAAAUGAAUCUAAGGUUACAUCUCCGCCACGACUCUAAGUAGCUAG